AUGGUUCAAAAAGGUGUACUAUUCCAAAUAAUCGCAGCUUUUGCCGCUACUCUUGGAGCAAUGACCAUGGGCACAAUUCUUGGCUGGUCAUCUCCGAGCCUGACUAUAUUGCCCGACGCAGUUUCGUUUCCAGUCACUUUAGACGAUGCAGCGUAUUACGGUUCUGUUUUUGGAAUCGGAGCGUUUUUCGGCUCUAUACCGGCUGGAAAGAUAUCAACUUUUAUCGGUCGCUGCAACAGCAUGAUAAUCUACGAGCUGUUUAUCAUUAUGGGUUGGAUCAUUCUCACCAUACCAAAUGCUAUGUGGAUGCUGAUCGGUGGUAGAUUACUUCAGGGUGUCGGUGUUGGUGGAUUAUGUGCCAUCAUACCAUCAUACAUUGGCGAGAUUACAGAACCAAAGAUCAGAGGCACAUUAUCAGCGUCAUUUCAAAUUUUUAUUUGCAUCGGUAUUUUAUACUCCUUUGCCCUUGGCUCGGUCACAAAAUAUGUCGUGUUCAACGUGCUGUGCGGUAUAUGGGCCUUAUUUCAUGUAUUGGGAGCAAUCAUGAUCCCUGAAUCUCCGUAUAUUCUGUUGAGUAAAAAUAAGGACGAACAGGCCAAGGUUUCAUUGAAGAAAUUCCGAGACGGAAACGAUGAUGCUAUCUCCAAGGAAUUGUCUAGUAUAAAGAAUGAAAUUGAGACGCAGAGGAAUCAAAAGAAUUCAUUCAUGCAAGUUCUGGCGGACAGAGUUAAUCGCAAAUCUAUUUUCAUUGGUGUUGGUUGUAUGUUCUUCCAACAGACAAGUGGAAUCAACGUGAUAGUUUUCUACAUGAGUUAUAUUUUCAAAAUAACUGAAAGUUCGAUAAGCCCUCAAACUGCAUCCAUAAGUGUUGGAGUGGUUCAAGUGAUUAUAACAUGCAUUGCAAUGGCAGUAAUUGAUAAACUCGGUCGACGAAUAUUAUUGCUAGUUUCAGCGAUUCUAAUGAGCAUAAGCUGUGCUGGUUUAGCAAUUUACUUCAUAAUGAUACAACAUGAUAUGUCGCCUAAAGCUUUUGCAUGGUUACCCUUAACAUUUGUUGUUCUAUAUAUUUUGGCUUUUGCUAUAGGAUUUGGCCCUGUCCCGUGGGUAGUAAUGGGAGAGAUUUUCUCCAACGAAGUGAAACCCUAUGGCACAAGCUUAGCAACUGCUACGAACUGGGGUUUGGUAUUUUUAGUAACGUACUACUCGAAUGAAAUUACAAAACUGAUCGGAUUUAAUGGUCUUUUCAUAAUGUUCAGUAUAUUUUGCAUAUUAGCCGCUGUGUUUGUAUGGAUUUUCGUUCCAGAAACAAAAAACAAAACGUUUGCUGAGAUACAGUUGGAGUUAGGUGGAAAUUUGCCUUCAACAUCAACUGGUCCUUAA